UCUCUCUCUCUCUCCCACACACACAUCCCGUUCAGUCACACAGUCACACACACACACAACGGGACAAUCGAGAAGACGGAGGUCCGCUACAGCUAACCGUUAACUCCACAUUUUACACCAAAAAAAGCGUAACCAUGGGGAAGGGAUGCAUCACAGCAACCAAGUACUUCCUGUUCCUGUUCAACCUCAUCUUCUUUAUCUGUGGAGUGUUGAUCAUGAGCUUUGGACUGUGGGUCCUUCUGGAUAACCAGAGCUUUAUCGCUGUUCUGCAGGAGUCCUCCACCACUCUGAAAGUGGCGUCCUAUAUUCUGAUCACUGUGGGUUCUCUCUCCAUGGUUAUGGGCUUCCUGGGCUGUAUAGGAGCCAUCUACGAGAUACGCUGCCUGCUGGGCCUGUACUUCACCUGCCUCCUGCUCAUCCUCAUCGCCCAGGUUACGGCUGGCGUGCUCAUCUACUUCCAGAGAGACAGACUGCAACAGGAGAUGUCCACCAUCGUCAAGGGAAUGCUGGUCAACUACACUGGUCAGAACAGGACCACAGAACAUUCCUGGGACUAUGUACAGAGGACGAUGAAGUGUUGUGGCUGGGUGUCUCCAGGUAACUGGUUGGAGAACGUGUGGAUCAAGAACAGUUCUGUCUCGCUGUACCCCUGCUCCUGUCGGAAUGAAACCCUGCCUGGGACAGACAUGAAUGAGACUGGGCUCUGUGAACACUUGUCUGCUGACCGGCCAGUAUACCAAACGGGCUGCAUGCAUAGUGUGGAGGCCUGGCUGUUGGAGAACUGUGGAGUUAUUCUUGGAAUCUGUGUCGGGGUGGCAGUCCUAGAGCUCCUCGGUAUGAUUCUGUCCAUGUGUCUCUGUAAGAGUGUUGUCCAGGAGGAUUACACCAAAGUUCCCAAGUACUGACUAUGAAGACCAGCAAAAGUCAUGCACACCUACACACAGACACACACACAGACACACACACACACACAUGCAUAGCAUAGACACACUCUCACAGUGAAACA